AUGAAGGUAUUUCUUACUUUUUUUACUUUAAUUUCUAUUACAUUUGCGGUAGUGUUUGAACAUCAACUUUUAAGAGUUGAAUCUAAACGUAAACGUUUAAUAAGAGAAGGAAAAUGGAAAGAAUAUAUGAAACAAAAAAAUUUAAUGCAACUUAAUUAUAAAGAUCAAAUUUUAAAUUCUGUUUCUCAACUUGUUAACGAUUACGAUGAUAUGGCUUAUUUUGGAAAUAUAUCAAUUGGAACGCCACCACAAUAUUUUUCUCUUAUUCUUGAUACUGGAUCUUCAAAUCUUUGGAUUCCAGAUAUUACAUGUACUGAGUGUAACAGAAAACAUAAAUUUAAUUCUUCAAAAUCAACAUCUUACAUUAAAAAUGGAAGAAAAUUUGGAAUUGGUUAUGGAAGUGGAUCUGCUUUUGGAUUCCUUGGAGAAGAUACUAUAGCUUUUGUUGGAGAUAAUGGACAAUUUUCUAUACCAAAAACAACUUUUGCACAAGCUCAGAGAAUUUCUCAGAAUCUUAACCAAAAUCCUGGUGAUGGUAUUCUUGGUCUUGCCUUUCCCGCUAUUUCUGUUGAUGGUGUUCUUCCACCAAUAUUUAAUGCUCAAAAGCAAGGUCUUCUUGACAAACCUAUUUUUACAGUAUAUCUUCAGCAUAAAGGACUUGUUUAUGGAAAACCAGGUGGUACUUAUACCUAUGGAGAUAUUGACACAAAAAAUUGUGGACCAGUAAUUGCUUAUGAAAAGCUUUCUUCUUCUACUUACUGGAUAUUUAGAGUAACUAGUUUUUCUAUUGGAUCUUUCCAGAAUUCAAAAAAAUAUGUUACAAUAUCUGAUACUGGUACAUCACUUUUGGGUCUUCCACAAUUUAUAGUUGAUGGUAUUGCUAAGACAAUCGGAGCAGAAUUCCAUAGAGGAUAUGGAAUGUACACAAUAAAAUGUUCACAAACUUUUCCAGAUUUAAAUUUAACUAUUGGACAACAUACUUAUUCCAUCAAAUAUGAUAAACUUGUUGAUCAUACUGGUGUGGGAGGAAAUAUGUGUAUUGUGGGAAUGUUUGGUAUAUCAGGAAUGGGUAUUCAAGUUAUUCUUGGAGAUCCAUUCAUUCAAAGUUAUUGUAAUAUUUACGAUUUUGGAAAUAAACAAAUUGGUUUUGCUUUACCAAAAUAA